UAAGUAUUUUCAGAGGUCAAGAAAAUGUACUUCCUUUAAAAUAUUGAGAGACUUUACAGCUUUUUGUUUUUUCUGACAUUUUCAAGUAAGGUGCCCUACUGCUUGAGUUCAACAAGAAACCGAAGUCAGGCCAUUUCGAUUUGUGGAUAUGGAAUUUACCAAGAAUAAUCAGAAGCUGAAUGAUAUAGGUAAUGUUGCUAUCCACACCAUGUGUAUAUAAAGUUUAUUUUGAAAAUACCAGCAUGUUUGACGUCAUCAGUCCGAGACAAACUACAUGUUGAUGAAGUCGUUAGUAACGUUCCUUAAAAACAUCACCUGUCAUGUCGGUUUUGCAUAAAUGUUUGAAUAUUUUACCUUCAUCAGGUUCUUCGAGGACGAUGCUGACUGUCGGCCGGUUGUUCCGGUGUCAUCACAGCCGCUCAGCACCGUCUGGACUCGGUGUUGUUGGACUCAGCUGUCGUCCUCCAGGAUCACAGAGCUCCACAGCAGCAGCAGCCAGGUCGGGGCUUCUCUCCUCCUGGUCGGGGCUUCUCUCCUCCUCACAGGACCGGCGUGGUUUCCACAUGUUGUUACCUGCUGACAGAUGUGCAUCUCGUCUCAGCAGUCACAGAGGAUUCUCCACUUCACCUACUAUCAGAAGUGACGCUAUUGGAAAGAUCCAGUCAACACAUUAUCAGCUGGUCUACACGUGCAAGGUUUGCUCCACCAGGUCCACGCAGAAGAUAUCCAAGCAGGCUUAUCACAAAGGUGUUGUCAUAGUGACAUGUUCCGGAUGUAAGAAUCACCACAUCAUCGCUGAUAACCUCAGCUGGUUCUCUGACCUGGAAGGGAAGAGAAACAUCGAGGAAAUCCUUGCUGCCAAAGGAGAGACUGUGAAGAGGAUUGAAGGAAGUGCUGCUUUCGAGAUAGUGGUGGAUGAAUCUAUCAAAGACAAGUCACAACCUGGGGAAAACACAGAGAGAUCAGACAACGACCCAGACAAAAAAUAAUGCUGUGUUUGUACUGCAUAUGUAUAUUGCAAGAUGUUUCUAUUUAAUUCCAUAAUAAACACAAAUAUUUCUUAAUUGCUAA